AUGGAUAAUCAAGUUCCAAGAACACCAAGGGUCCUUGUACAGAGGAAUCAUGAUGAUGGAAACGACCGUUUGUGGGAUGACUACUUUGCUGACCAACCUGUGUUCCCCCCAUCUUUAUUUCGUCGGAGAUUUUGCAUGAAAAAGCAUGUGUUUCUCCGUAUAACGCAAACUUUAGAAGAACGACAUGAGUUCUUUCAGCAAUGUCCAGAUGCUACCGGUAGACUUGGUGCAUCAUCAUUGCAAAAAUGCACUGCGACUAUGAGGUUGCUAGCGUAUGGUAGGAGUAAUGAUAUCAAUGUUCUUGAUAGAUCUCCAUUAUUUACAGAUGUUUUUGAAGGUCGUGCACCACCUAUUAAUUGUGUCGUGAAUGGCCACCAAUACAAUAUGGGAUAUUCUCACUUAUGGUAUAUACCCAAAAUGGGCGGUAUUCAUUCCCACGGUAUCCCUCCCCAAAACGAAAAGGAAGGCCUUUUUGCCAAAUUACAAGAAAGUCGACGAAAGGAUGUGGAUCUUCAAGCUCGUUUUGCAAUAAUUCGUCAACCUGCGCUAGCUCGUAAUACAUCAAUGCUUGGAAAAAUUAUGAUAGCUUGUGUUAUUAUAAAUAACAUGAUCGUUGAGGAUGAACGAGAUACAUAUUUAAAUUAUAAGGAGCCAAGUGAGUAUGACCAAGCCGUGGAACAACCUUCAUCUUCAAACAGAAAAAAUAAUGGAGAACCAUUUCAAUUUAACAAUGGUGCUGAGAGGAUAGAAAAUUUGGACACUUACAUGUCUAAUAGAGUUCGAGUUCAUGACAAACUUAUGCAUAGAGACCUCAAGUAA